AUGGGCUUGAAGGGUAUUGAGAGGGAGGAGUUCUUAGGGUAUAGGGGUCUUGUGUUCAAGGUGCUGCCAAAUCAAAGGACUCGAUAUGAGAGAAUAUUGAGGGACCACAAGAAGCUGAGUUAUGGCUUCAAAGAUGUUGAUGGUGAUGGGUCCGAAGUCAAGACCGAAGAACUACCGUUGAAGAUAGAUUCUACGGUCCUAAAAGUCUGCAGCAAUGAAGCUCUACAUAACAUUUCUGAGCGGACGACCACGAAACUCGAAGACAGAGCAUCUCAGCGGUCGCUCGUCAACUUCACCCUCGAAGCGCAAUCGCUACCUUCUGACAAGGCCGCGAAGAGAUACCAGGAUACCUUGAAUAAGAUCAGAGAUUUGGGUAGGAGCUCCGAGCUUGUGGACCGCACUUCUUCACACGGCUUCAUCUUUGGCCAUCAAUUCCGAUCCAAAGUUGAAUCGUACCCAAUUGCGAUCCAGGAGACCAACCAGCCCCAUAUGGGAUACAUUUCGGAGGUCAUCCCUACCAUAAUUGCGAGCCUAAAAUCGCACCACCUUGCAUUUACACCAUUCUUCUCGCAUGAUCUGGAAAGUCAUUUGGGUCUUCCCAAUGGAGAAGCCGUUUUUCCCGACUACGUUGCCACGGUCUCAGGUGUCACACCUCUGCUAACCAUGAUCAAACUCGCACACCAUCUUUCCCGACUAGCCAUUGGCAUUACGAAAAACAAGAGGGCUGCCAUAGGUUCAAUAAACCCUGGGGACGUCACCUCUGUUUCCGGGGACUCGUCAGAAGACUACAAACCAAAACUGUCUAUCAUAGCCAUCGAGAUCGAGAUCGAAAACGGAAAGGCGCUUUUCUGUAGUUCGGGUUCAAUUGGCACCAUCGAUCCUGAUCUCGGGCUCAGGCACAAUAGCACCAACGUGCUUUUCUCGUUAUUCAAGGCCGGGUUUCAGGAGAGGUACAAGAGGGUCACAAAACUCAUUCCAGACAUCAACAACGCAAGAGCUCUUGCGUAUAUCAAGGCGAAAAACGGCACACGCGUUCUCUAUGACCAUCACCGGAUCGAAAAAAUGCUGGAUACUCUUGGCCAUUGGUCUGUAUUUGGGAUUAGUGCAGACGAGUCUGCUUCCCAAGAAAAUCUUCCUACGUUGCGGAUCGAAAUGUUCGAUUUCUUCCCUCGCCACAUCUCUCUUAAAGUCUUAAAGAGCCUUUUGAAAGCAGUCCAUUACUCCUAG